GAAAGAGAGAGAAGCCAAGCCAAUUCCCUUUGCAAUCAAAUAAUAAACAAAAUAGAUAUAUUAUUAUCAUUAUUAUCAUAGGAUAUUAUUAUUAUUAUUAUUAUUGUUAUUAUUAUUAAUAUUAUUGUUAUUGCAAAACAACAGGCCUCUCGGAUCGAGGGGAGGAAAGAGAGAAGGAGGGAGAGAGAGAGAGAAAGAGAGAGAGAAGAAACGGACACAAAAACGGAGAAAGGAGAGAGAGAGGGAGGAGGAGAGGAGAGGAGAGGAGAGGAGAGGAGACACUAUUCUUCCUGACGGGGAGCCUGCAUUGAAAAAAAAAUAUCGGAUUGUUUUUUUGGGCUUUUUUCUUUUUUUUAUAAAAACAAAAAAGAAACAAUAUAUCCGAGCGAGUCGGUUCGGGUCCAACGGAACCGCGACUCUACAUGGAUAGGAAUUAUCCCGGUGCCGGGUUCGGUGAUCUCAGCGGCGGGGGAGGAUGGACUUACGAGCGGUCUGCAAAAGCGAGUCUUGUCUACAGUGGUUCCCGUUCCUCUCUCCCAGACUCUGAUCUCCUCCACAGACAGGCCUAUGCUUCACCACACCCCCUCCAAGGCUAUGCAACCAAUCACCAUCCAGCAGGCCUCUCUAGUCUGUUUGAGACAGGUCUCCAUCAUGCUAGUUCAGGGGCCCCUGACGCCUCUGUAAUGAAUCUCAUUUCAGCCCUCGAGUCCAGGGGUCCCCAGCCUGGCCCCUCUGCCUCCUCCCUGCUCUCCCAGUUCAGAACCCCCUCCUGGCAAACUGCUCUCUCUCUCCUCUCCCCUGAACUCUUUAUCUCUGGAGCUCUGCCCGGCUCUGGCUCUUUUCCCUCCUCCUCUGCCCUCUCAGCCUAUCAGCACCCGGCCUCCUUCAGUGGGCGGAGCUUCCCGGGGGUGACCUCGUCACUCUCCCUCCAUCUCGAGGCCAUCCUGCUCCUCAUCACGACUCCGGUCCUGGCGCAUAUCAAGGCGCCCCCCGGCCAGCCAUCUGCCCUGGGGUUUGACAGCUGCUAUCCUCCCAGGGUCCGGCUCUACAGGGGAUGCCCAGGACCCCCCCCCCGGCCCCCCCCUCCACGCACCCCCCCGCCCCCGGCCCCCCCCAGACACCUCUCCUCAGCUCACCAGUUCAAUCUGCUCUCCUCUCAGUUGCAAGACCAGUCGUCCCAGCUCUACAAUGCCUCUGUGUUACUCCAGCGCGACCCCCCCCCCGCCCUCCCCGCGCCCCCCCCCCCCCGUCCAGCUCCGCCAUCGAGAGGGCCAUGCCCAGUCCGCAGACAGGAGGACAGCGUAAUCAAACACUACCAACGCCCCUCCCCCUCCGCGGUGGGCUCCUCCCACUCCCUGCAGCACUACCUGAGCUGCGGCGCCACCAGUUACCAGCAGAUGGCAGCAGCGCAGCACCAACAGCAGCAGCAGCACCAGCAGCACCAGCAGCAUCCACAUCACCAGCAGCAUCAGCAGCAGCAGCAUCACAGACCAAGCCUGAGCUGCAGUCCCCUGACUGACCACAGCCCCCUGGGGGGCGCCAGCGGGCCCGAGAAGUCGAGCCAGAGGGGAGAGCCUCAGAAGCAAGCUUACCGGCCCAUCAUCCAGCCGUCCCCUGUUUACACUCCCUCGAGCGGAGGCACAAGCUCCGCCUCCAGCCUGGCCGCGGGCGGAGGGGGCGUGGUCUGCAAGGCGAAAGGGGGAGGGGCUUCGGGAAGCUCCACCAGUGGCUACUCCACUCGCUCCUCGCCCCCUCGCCCCCCCCUCCCCCUCGGACCCCUCCCUCUUCCUCUUCAUCCUCCGCCCCCCAGGGGAGUUACGGAUCGCCAGCCCCCCAGCUUUUCCAGCCACAACCCCGUCCGCCCCCAUCCGCCCCCAUCCCACCCCCACCAGAACCAGAACCAGAACCAGAACCAGCACCAGCAGAGCCAAGCGGGUCCCGCCUGCUAUUCCCCGGGCCAGCCUCCCAUCGCAGGCUCCCUCCUCUCCCACGGCUAUGGAUCGGGAGGGUUUAGCUCCCCCAGCGCUCAGGAUCUGAGCGGCGGGGGGGGUGGUGGUGGUGCUGGGGGGGGUGGCUCGUCCUCAGGGGGGGGAACGGGAGGGUCGUCCGCCGGCCAGAAGGCUUACCUGAGUGGUUUUGGGGCCGACUUGGUCUAUGGGAUGCAGCCGGACUCGGCGCCGGCCGACUACGCCCCUUCCUCCUCGUCCUCUGCCUCCUCUUCCCUUGCUCACCGGGCCCUGGGCGAUGGCAGCCCUUCUCUCGGGUACUCUGGACACUCCCCGGCCCUGGUGGGCGGCUCUGGCGCUGCCUACCCCCCCCACAUGGACUCCAGCCCCUCCCCUUCCAGCUCGUCCCACGGGGGGAUCGUCCGGCCAGGCUUGAGGUCUCCCCAGAGCAGCCGCCUCUCUCAGUCGCCAUCGCACCCCAAAUACCUCCCCUCCGUCCUCUCCCCUUCCUUCCUGGCUUCCCCGCAGCAGGGGGGUUACCCCUCGGCCAGCGACUCCAGAGGGGCGCCCCAAACCUACCAUCACCCUCCCCCUCCGCCCCCCUCAUCCUCCUCCUCCUCCUCCACCGCCUCUAGCGGGAAGCUCAAAUCCGGGCGGCCGGCGGGCGACGAGGCGGAAGAAGAAGAAGAAGAAGAAGAAGAGGGAGGAGGAGGAGAAGAAGAAGAAGAAGAAGCCGAUUUCUUGAUCCAGCACCUCCUCCAAUCACAGAGCCCCCCCGGGAGGCAGAACCCACCUCCCGGGAGCCAGCCGGCCAACGGGAUGGCGGAGAGCGGGGAGGACGGCCGCGGGGCUGGGCCUCCCCUGAAGGGUCUGGCCGGGUACGAGACGGGGAAAGGCUCCAGCGAGGAGCGGCGCCACCUGCAGAGCGUGAUCCGCACCCACAGCGCCAACGGCAGGAGCGGCCGCGGGAGAGAGGACGACGAGGAGAGGCACUUCGAGAUGAUGAAGGGCGCCGGGGGAGGGGGGGCAGGCACCGACGGCAAGAAGAAGGAUCUCAUGCGGCUCUACGACGCCCCCCCGCAGCUCUACCAGCACCCGCAGCUCCUGCACCCCCUCCACCACCCCCCCCACCCUUCCUCCCAGCAAGACCCCCUCAGCUCAGUGCUGCACUACAACCGCGGGGAGCUCUACUCUUCCUCCCCUCCGGGUCGGGGUCCUCCUCAUCGUCGCACCCCCCCCAACUCCUCCUCCUCCCCCCCUUCUCCUCGUCCUCCGCCCCUCCCCGCCCUCCCCUCCCCCAGCCUCCUCGCAGGAGAAGCCGGGCAAGCCGGAGAACUAUCUCGGGAAAGCCCCUCGGACGCCCUCCUCCUCCUCCUCCUCCUCCUCCUCCUCCUCCUCUACCGAAGCUCUGACCGCGGCAGGUCUGAACGACUCCUCCCGUUCCCUCCAGCGGCGGCAGCAAACCGGGACUCCGAUUACUCUCCUUCCGGCAACCAGCAGGACAGGAAGACCGCCCUGGACCAGCUCGGCCACCUCCAGCUGUCCCAUCACCUGAUGCAGGCGCAGAGGCUGGGGGCGGGAGGAGGAGGAGGCAGCCCCCGUCACUCCCCGGCCUCUCAGCUCCAGCUCCAGGUCAACCACUCCCAGGCUCUGGCGGCUCACCUCCGGGGUCAGUCCGUAGAGGAAAUGCUGGAGAUUUCCGGGAACGGAGGGGAGGGCGGUGAAGGGGGAGGGGGUCACCCUCACCCCCACCCCCAUCAGCAGCAGCACAGACACCCCCUCCCCAGGCAACAGCACCCGGGCUUUCUCCAGCCCCAUCACCUCCACCACCCACCUCACCUGCACCUCCAGAGCUCCCCUCAAACGGUCCUCCAGCAGACCAACAUCCAAGACUUUUUAGGGGACCCCGAGCUCGGAUCCGGCAACAAAUCAUGCAUUCUGACCAUCACCAGCAGCAGCAGCUUCAAACAUCAUCACCACGCCGGACAGCGAGGCGGUGGAGCGGGACGGGGAGGGGGAGGGGGAGGGGGGGAGCAGCAGGGGGGCGGGUGCGCGGACCCUCGGGACCGGGAUCAGAGGAGCCAGCUGGACCCCGGCAUCAAGGAGCACCAGUUUCACCCGGACGGCCCCUCCGCCAAGCAGCAGAGAUUCAUCCCGCUCGCUUCCAUGUGCUUCCCGGACUCCCUGCUCCAGGAGGAGGUGCAGAUGGAGGAGGAGCGCUCCUUCUUCCCCGGCAUGGACGACAUGUUCUGCGGGGACGAGUACCCCAAAGGCGUGGGGGCCGGAGCCAAUGGCUCGGGGGUCGAGGCUGAAGAAGCCAGGAGAGGCGGGGGGCUGGAUCAGGUGAAAUCGGGGGUCUACGACAUGAUGGGGCACCCCGACGCUCACCCGGGCGCGGGAGGGGGGUACGGCUCCUAUUGCCAGAGCCUAAACGAAGUCCACCCCCACCACGCACCUCAACAGCACCCCCACCCCCACCACCCACCCCCCCACCCCCACGAUCACUCCCUUCACCUAGAGAUGGAGCUCAAGCCACAGCAAGAGUUGCCGUCCACAGUCAACACCGAACAGCUGGGGUUGAUCCACUCCAGGACGGCCCCUCCCGCUCCCUCCUCCUCCUCCCUGGGCUUGGGAGGGGGGGAACACCAAGGUGCCAAACACCACAUGGGGGGUCCUGCUCCCCCUCCUCCUCUUCCCCCUCCUCCUCCCAGUCACCCCCCAGCCGGACUCACUUCGCCCAUCUUCUGCUCCUCGCGUCCCAAGAAGCUUCUGAAAACCGGAUCCUUCCACCUGCUGAAGAGACGGGACCCCCGGGGGCUGGGAGACCUCCAGCAGCAGCACCAGCAGCUGGGGCAGGGGCAGGGGGGCGGGGAGAAGAAGAGGUACGCCCAGGAGUACGAGUUCGGAGACGACGACGAGGACAAAGCUGACGCCCCGGCAGAAAUCCGACUCAACAGCCGGAGAAUUUUACCGGAUCAUCUUUUACCCGAUUUGAUCUCCAGUUGCAGGAAGAGUGGAGGAGGGGGGGGUCCGGGGAGCUUGAGCCCCCUCCUGGAUCUGGAUUACGGUUACCACCCCUCCCUCCAGCCCCCCCUGCCCUCCUCCCACCACCCCCCUUCCCCUCCCAAGGGAGCGAAGAGGAGAGGACGGAAGCCCACCAAGCCGAAAAGGGAGGGACCUCCGCGGCCGGGGCGCCCCAGGAUCAGACCGCUCCCCGAACCCGGUUUCAGCAGAGGGGGGGCCGGGGCGGCCGCGAGGCGGGGCCGGGGGCGAGGCCGGAGGGAGGGGCCUCAGGACGCCAGGGGAGGAGGGUACGAGAUGGGAGGAGACAAGGAGGAGACUCUGAAGCCAAUUAAGAUGAAGCUAACCCUCUCCAGAUCUCAGUGUCAGCUCUCUCAACAUUCUCACUCUCACCCCCUCCAGCAGCAGCAGCAGACCCCCCCUUCCCUUGGCCUCCUCCACUCUGACCCCCCCAUGGGCACCCCGGAGCUCCACCUCUCUGACAGCCUGGGGGGGCCACAGCCGGGCCACGGACAAAACCACGAGCAAAUCAACCAGAAGGUACAGGAAGCAGAAGAGAAACAGACGGAGAUGAAAUCCGGAUUCAUGGCUUCAUUCCUGGACUUCUUGAAAUCAGGGAAGCAGCAGCAGCAGCAGCAGCCGCAGCCCCACCAGCUCGCCCCCGCCCCGAACCCGAGUUCGAACAGCCCCGACGGGGGGGGAGGGAAGGAGGGCGAGGACGAGGAGGGGCUGGGCCUGGGCUGCAAGCGCCUGGACGAGGAGAUGAUGAAGAGGAACCUGGAGACUCUGCCCUCGUUCUCCUCGGACGAGGAAGACUCCGUCAGCAAGAACCAGGACCUGCAGAAGAGCAUCUCUUCUGCCAUCUCCGCCCUGUACGAGACUCUCCCCUCGCGCCCGCCACCCUGUCCCCCGCCCCCCGCCAGCCCGGCCCCGCCCCCAGCACCGCCGGAGCACGCGGAGGCCGGCCGCAGCCCGGCUUCAGAACACGGGGAGGAACUGGGAGGAAGCAGCAAUGCCAGCACUGGGAACGAUGAGAGCCAGACUCAGAGCCGGGACUCGCAGGGGGAACCCCGCAACCCCGUCCCGGACCCCCAGAACCAGCCCGUCUUCGAAGAGCUUCAGGAUGAGGCUCUGGAGGAACCACCAGCCUCGUCUGAACUGGCUGCCCAGGAGAGAGAGCUGGAGGGGCAGCCCGAACUGGGCCAGGCCUCCCUGCCUCUCCCUCCUCCUCCUCCUCCUCCUCCUCCCACCUCCGCUCCCUCCCCCUCUCCCUCCCUCUCCUCCUCAUCCUCCUCCUCCUCCUCCUCCUCCUCUCCGUGCUCCCCCUCUCCCGGGACCCCCGAGGAGAACACGGGUUCGAGGCCCCUUCACCUGGCCAGGAAGCAGGAGAGAGCGGCAAUCUGCGGGGAGACUGAAGACGAAGGCGAGGGGGAAGAGGAAGGGGAGAGCGGAGGGGAGGGCAUCUUCAGAGAGAGAGACGAGUUCGUGGUGAGAGUGGAAGACAUUCAGACUCUGAAGGUGAGGAGAGACGGGGAG